AUGCACCUUUGGAAAACUACCAUCCAUAAGGAAAAGGGUUGCUUUCUCUUCCCUCCUAGUUGGAGUUUUAUUUCUAGUUCAAAACUCGCUUCGAACAUUCCCCUUACAGUUUUUUCUUGUUCUAAAUUAAAUUCGUGCAGUUUGCAAUUUUCGCGAAGCUUUUCAGUUAUUUCGACACAGAAAUCUACUUCAACUCUUUUUUUCUCAAGUAAUAACAAAGAGAAUCUUCCGGAAUCUGUAAAUAAUACGAAUAGCGCUAUCUCAUUCUAUCAAUACUCUGAACCACAACCUUUUGAUGUAAAUGCAGCUGCACCUGCUGAAAAUACUAAUUUCAUAUUAUCUGCUAACCAAUCAAUAUUCGAAUUUGUCCGUGAUUCUACGAAUUUGCCUUGGUGGGCAACAAUUAUUUUGGUUACAAUAUGUCUUCGAACUGCAUUUACCCUUCCUAUUGCAAUAUAUCAGCAACAAAGAAUCGCUCGUAUUAUAGCGAUACAACCCGUGUUAAAAUUACAACAAGAAAUCCUAAAACGUAAGGUUCUGUACGAAUCCCGUACUCAAAAAUUACCUUACGAGAAAUACGAAACUUUGUUACAAAGCGAGGCAAGUAAGCAUCCAAAAACUGAAAUUUCAUGUAAACAUCUAAUAAUCGAACGUUACAUAUUGCCAUGGGUGCAAAUGCCAUUGUUUAUUUCAAUGUCAUUAACCAUUCGUGGAAUGGUUGAUGCGAAUGUGAUUGGAUUAAGAGAUGGUGGCGCAUUGUGGUUUAGCGAUUUAUCUAAAACCGACACAACAUGGGUAUUUCCUAUCGCGAUAGGUCUUGCCAAUCUAUUUAAUAUCGAAAUGAAUGCUAGAAGUAUAACGAAAAAACCUACUACUAGGCAAAAAGUAAUGAAAAAUAUUAUGCGAGGACUCUCCCUAAUUAUGAUUCCUGUCGCUUCACAAGCUCCAAUGGUUGGAAUUAAGUUAAUUGAGCGUUUAUUGUCUGGCAUUCGUAAUGACACAACUGAUAAUGUUAACUUUUUAAACAGGCUAUAUGUUUAUAUUGGUUUACCUCCAGCGUAUAUAGCGUUAUACAGAAUACCUCGUUUCGCAUCCCCUUCAUCAAAAAACGUUUGCGUCUUCCUUAGGAUAUAUGCUAACGGGUAA